UCUCUUUUUCGAAAAUUUCGUUUUUUGCCAAUAACUGCUUACCUAUUACCACUAGCGAAAAAUGAUUAGUACAUUUUUUAACAGAGUGAACCUACUGUUCUUUCUUGUACGAGAGCUCGAUCCUUGUUCCAGCCUUCACGACAGUAAACCUUGACAUUUCUCGGACAUGUAUUCAUAAAUUGGCAAGUACAAAUUCCCAUCGGAGUCCACAUUUCUUUAAGGAUGAUCGUUAAAAAUUGACGGAAUUGAAUCAGGCACGUAUCCCCUUUCCCAUUAAAUUGUCAGAAGAAAGUGCCCCAUGGAAAUUUCGAAUCAGCGUUGAACAAAUUUUGGUGAAACCAAGUAGCGUAAUUCGGCAGCAGUAUGUCGGACGCGAAGAAGGUAGAGAUUACGGAGGAUCACCCUACCUCCGGCGAGGGUGACGCUCCGAAGAGGAAGAAACUUCCGCGUUACGGAGUUUUCGGUAAGCGAUGGCACAAGUUUCGCGUGCUGACGCCGAAUUCGGCGAUCCUACGCGGUUCCUACGCGAUGAACCAUCCCCAUUUCAAGUACAGAAGCCGCGGCCGGCAAGCUGCCCCAGCUUCGAUUGUGUCCAUCGUCUACGGCCGUUUGUUCGAACCUAAAGAAUGGGUGAAAGACUACGUAGAUCAGAUAUUGGAAUACGGAGACAAAGUAUUUCGAACGAGUAUGCUGAGGAAUCACGUGAAAGAGAACGAGUACAUGUCGGCGAAGCUGGUUCACCCGGAAUUCUACAUUUCCAAUUACAAAGUAAUGGUCUGCGUGGAGGAAACUGGGAUUUAUGGGAAUCUGUUUAGCGAGACCGUAGGCUGCCCGGAUUUCGCUGACGGAUUACAAAAGUUCUUCGCGAGCAACGAUUCUGGAGUGAUCACCGCUCAGGGCACGUCGAUGGCCAUGUGGCGUCAUCCGGAGAUCGGUUUUCUAUUCUUCGACCCGGCGCCUUGCGACGAUGAGGGUGUCCACCAUCCGGAAGGAGCGGCUUGCGUAAUGAGAUUCAAAUGUCUGAACGACAUUCGCGAUCACUUUCUCAAGAACAUGGAUCAGAAGUAUGAUUCUAGGUACUGCAUCGAUAAGGUGACGGUAUUGAAAGUGACCGAGAUCGGUCGGGGGUACAUCGAUAAAAUCCCGAGUGCCAGCAAGCUGGUCGUGGACAAAAGCGUGCUGAGAACCAUAAAUCCUGUGGACAUCGAUGAGAAUAAAAUGGAUUGCACGAAGCCAGUGCCAAAAGGGGACAAGAUGAAGGCGGUCGUCACAGCUAAGAUCCAUAGGGAACCACUGGCCAUCACUAUUUCGAAUUACAGCAUCGACCAGCGUUUCGCGACCGAUCCUCUGGUGGAUCAGGACAAAUUCGAUACCGGUUACACGUACGAGAACAUGCACGUGAAUGUUCCAUCGACGUUCAGAGAACUGGCCGGUAACAUGGCUAUAUUACACGGGCUGACUCACGAGCACAGCGAAAUGUACAAGGGCAAGGGAGCGCAGAACGUGGCGAACUGCAUCCUAGCGAUCGCCAUGAAGAAGGUCCAUCCGGUGAAAACCUGGCUGAGACCGCAACUGGACGAUAUUUUGGCACUGGGCGACAAUUUGUACGCCGAGGUGAAGUCCGCCAAGCCGAUGAUAAGAAACAUGAUGGCACCUGAUUUGCACGACGAGAAGAUCGAAGUAGAGACAAGUAAAUUGGUAAUAGACGUAGAUUUAAUCACGGUCACUGGGACUAUCUCAUCGAAGAUUCCUACGGUGCUCAAUUUGAAACAAGGGUUGGAAGAAUUUUUUCUUCUCAAUACCGAGGGCGUGAUCGAGUCCUCGGCGAUGUCGGUAGCGAUCUGGAGUCAGGACGACAUGUUCUACAUGUUCGAUCCACGGCAAUGUGAUCAAAUCGGCGUCAGGAUAAGGGAAGAGAAAGGGGGAAAGGGUGCCAAAGCUCAGGACGCGCCCCGAAAGAAAGGAAACUGUUGCGUGAUCAGAUUUCCCAACACCGACGCGUUGGCUGCGUUGUUUGUGAAGAACGUGGAACUGCCGAAGAAGAACGAUCGGUUCACUAUCAGGCAUAUCACGAUUUUAGACGACAUUCCUGGGACCAGAACUUGGCACGAUUUCCAGCCGGGAACGCCUGGAGAGACUUGGGUCCUUCAGGGUACUAUAUCCAACGAAGAUGAAGAAUUCGAAGACGAGAGUCGAGGUCUUCAGGGUUUGGCCAUGCCGGUGAUAGCUUUGAUCGCUGCUAAGGAAACGCCGCCAACGAAAUGGAUAAACGACACCGUCGACAUCGUGAUCAGGGAAGGGGAUGCUUAUUACAAUUGGUGUAAUCCUGUCGUUGAAACUGGCGAGGAGGCGGAGAGAUACUUCUUCGUGCCGAACUUGAAGAAGAAUCUUUAUUUCAAGAACAGGAAGGUGAAGAUCGACAUCGAGGAAGGGACGGUCGUGGGAGAUUUGACUUCGACGUCCGACAACGUCGACGUUCCGAAUAUGAAGACAGCGUUGGGACAGUUCUUCGAAGAACACCAGUAUGGCAUCAUCGAGGUGAAGAACAUGAGCGUGGCCGUAUGGAAAGUCGAAGAAGAAGUAAAGGAGAAGGACGAGAUGGUUCCAAGAAACGUUUAUUACUGUUUCGAUCCGAAUCCUCGAAACAAUCAGGGUGUUUGGGCAGGCGAGGAGGAGGAGACUGAAGAGGCCGCGGGUUGCGUGAUAAGAACUUUGGACCUGAACGUUUUGGCGAAGAUCAUCGAGACGAACGCUGGUCAGGACGUGGAAACCGGUAACGAUUUCUCCAUCCACGACAUGAAGGUCGUCUCGAUCGGACAAGAGAUGACCGAAGAGGAGAUCGAAGCUGAUAAGCAGAUCCCGGUGAAACCUGAUCUCAAGAACUAUUUCAACAUGGGCGAUAACGGCGCUGUAUUAUUAGGUAGCUUCAACCAGGCGAACGAGGUGAUGUUCAAGAGACACAGCAGGGAUAAACAGCAAGCGGCGACCGCCUUGGCCGCUUUGGCCAUGACCAAGCUUUACAAUCCUCAUCUAUGGUACAGAGAAGUAGUCGACGACAUCCUGAAGAUCGGCGAUAAGAUCACGAUGGACAAUCUGGAGAAUCUUCCGGAGGAAGGGAUGGAGGAAGAGGCUCCGAGGAACUUUCUCCUUCCCAGUGAAAUCAGCGACGACUUCGCCGUCGGUGUGAACCGAAUGUACGUCACCCUCGAGGAGGAGACGGUCGCGGGCAAGAUUUCCGAUCUGCCGUCGGCGUUAGAAACGUUUUUCGAAACGAACAUGAUGGGGAUAUUCAGGCAAGACAAUAUAAUGAUGCCGAUUUGGAGAGAGGGCGAGGUGUUCUUCACGUUGGACCCGAAAGGGCGAGACAGCAGGGGAGAGCCCCGAGAAAAAGACGGUACGGCUGCUGUGAUGUGGUUCACCGAUGUUCCAUCUUUGGUCGAGAGCAUUCAGCAGGUAGCCGUUGGCGACGAAUUCGUGCUCGACGUCGUCACUCUGGACAACGCCUACGAGACGCGAGUGGCCGAAGAGGAACGAACGACGAGACCGAGUUCCGGUGACAAUCCGUGGUACCACUUCCCCAAGAUGACGGAAAACGUAUGGGCCAUAGAAGGCACGGUCCCUAUGGACGAUCCCAGGUUCGAAGAUGCCAACAAGAAUAAUCAAGCCGCGGCUAUUGCCAUUAUGGCGAUCGUAUUUGCGAAAGUAUACGAGCCGAGAUACUGGACCCAGGACGUUCUGAACCAGGUCAUCGUUACCGGAGACAAGCUGCAUUCAAAGUGCGUCGACAGGCUCGGCGAGGGUGCCAUACCGAGGAUCAACGAGAUCAUGACGGAAUUCUUUCUCUCCUCCCGUCGAAUCAACUUGAGCGUGAAGGAUUGCGUCGAGGCUGGAAGCAUGACGGCCAAGCCACCGAAAGUCCAGGACAUGGCCACUGGCAUCACCAACUUCUUCUCCAGAUUCACUUCGGGAGCUUUGACCGUCAGCGACAACAGACACAUAGCCGUUUGGAAAUUCGACAACGAUUACUAUGCCUUGAUACCCGGGGCGGCGACGGUCGAGGAGAAAACGUCGGUAAAACCGAAAGUACUGCGUUUCACCGACAUUCAGACUCUGAUACAAUAUCUGCAAGAUUUCUUGGGAACCGAGGGAGACUACGAAAUGAUCGCCGUAAACGUGGUCAAUUGGAACAAACUCCCACCGUGGAAAUUCGAUCCCAGCUCUGCGGUUCGUCCCUCGAAUCUGCCACCUCUGAACGCUUACAGAAGAGUCAAAGGCGACGCCCGUGCGAUUCUGAGGGGUAGCUAUCACCAGGGCGACGAGAUCUUCCCGGAGCAAUUGAGGAACAAGCAGGGUGCCGCCAACUGCGUGGUCGCUCUGGGAAUGUCUGUAGUGAAGAGCCCCGGCACCUGGACGAAGAAGACGAUGGACGAGAUCUUGGCGAUCGGGUCGAACGUUCACAGACUGACUCAGAAGGCUAAACCGACGAUAGUCCGUAUCAAGCCGAAAGAUAUAAUUAGAGUCUUCUACGUGGGCGUCAACAUCCUUACGGCUGACAUCGAAUCUGGUACAGUCGCCGGUCUUGUAGCAUUGCCUCCACCUGCUCCCGAAGACAAGAAGAAGAAGAAGGGUCGAGGAGGUGCAAGACGAGCCAGAACUGCCAGGGGGAAGAAAGGCAGGAGACCUACCAGAGUUCGUGCUCCACCUCCGCCCCCUAUUCUCCUCGAAGAAGGCCUUCCGUUGUUCUUCGAGAACAAUCGAGCAGGGAUUCUGGUCACCGAUCGAGGAGCAGUGGCUAUUUGGAAAGACAUGGGCGUCUACUUCAUGUACGAUCCUCGCGCACGGAGCGAUCAAGGUUUACCCGAUUUUUACGGCACUUCUUGCGUGAUGUGGUUCGCUUGUCUGGAGCCUCUUUACGAGGUUCUGUUCGCCAACAUCGACGACCAGGAGAAAUACGGACGCUACGAGAUCUGUAGGGUGAUCAUCAAGACUGCCAUGAUCGAACCGUUGCCCUGUCCCGCUGGAUUCAGGCCCUACUUCGAUUGUGCGACACCGCCGAUCCCGGUAACGUUCAUGAAGCAGAGUACCACGUUGGACGUGGAAACGGUCACCGAGUACACUUUCGUCGACGAGGAACUCAGCAUCCUCCGCGGGAGUCUGCACAUGCAUCACAGGAUCUGGAGAACGGACACGAGGGGAUUUCAGAGCACGGCGAUCGCGGCCGUGGCCAUCGUCGUCGGUCUUCUCCACGUUCCGUCUACCUGGACGCCCGAACUGAUCGACGCUAUUUUGAGAUACGGGGAUCUGUUGCAUUCGGACAGCGUGCGAGCUGCCCGACCUGGAAACAGGAAUCUAUCGCCCAGCGAACUGUUGACCGUCUUCAUCGUCGGCGACUUCAGAGCUACUAUACACAUUCACAAUCAUACCACAGCCGGACUGCUUCAUACGUUCGAUUUGUCCGAAUCAUUGACCAUGUUCUUCCGUUCGAACUGCACUGGGAUCCUGCACACGAGCAACAUGGCAGUGGCGGUGAUGCAGCACUACGGGAAAUUUUAUUUGUUCGAUCCCUGCGCGAGGAACGAUCAAGGUAGGCCUAGUUUCGACGGAGCUGCAUGCGUGAUGAAGUGCGAGAGUAUCAUGAAACUGGCUAAGACGUUCGUCACCAAUUGCAACCUGAAGACGCCGAACGUGUACACGUUGAACGCCGUCAACGUGCUCGGCUUGUAUUUCUUCUCGGACGCGAAGAGCAGCUGCCCGCCGAAGUGCAUACAAUGACGAUUGUAUUUCUCGAUGUUAUUUUUUGGUAUGAAGUGGAAAAUUCGUACAGUCGUUGAAUGUAA